GACGCGAGUGAGACCCCGUUGGUCAUCCGAGAUGGUAUGGGACGAGAGUUGAUGCAAUGAGACCGUCGGGUCAAAACUCAGUGAUAGCAGGGGAAUAAAUCUCACCCGAUCCGUCCCAUACCUAUGAUUUAUCUCUCUCACGAUGGCCGUGGGUCCGAUCGGUGGGGGCACUGGGGGCGAGGGCUUCUCCUUUUGCUGCAAUUAAAGAGGACGCGAGUGGCUCGGCGCCGGAGACGAAGCGCUAGUCGGAGAACGAAGGUCCUUGCCGAUGGGGCGAGGGAAGUUCAAGGCGAAGCCGACGGGCCGAAGGAACUUCUCCACGCUCGAGGAGUUGGAAGCGGGCCGAUCAGCUCGUCCUCGCUCCUUUAAACAGGAACAAAUUGUGCAAAAUAAACAAGAAGAUUCUGAUGAAAGUGGAGAAGAGUCUGGAGAUAUAGUUGAGAGAAGGAAGGGCACAAUUCCUUUCAUUGAGAUUGAAAAUCCGAACUUGGUAAAGCCAAGAAGCUCAAAAGCUAAAGAAACUAAUCUGGAAGAACCAAUUGAACUAUCAAGACGAGAGAGAGAGGAGAUAGAAAAACAAAGGGCUCAUGAGCGAUAUAUGAAGUUGCAAGAACAAGGAAAAACAGAACAAUCUCGAAAGGAUUUAGAACGUCUAGCUUUGGUACGCCGGCAAAGAGCUGAAGCAGCUAAAAAACGAGUAGAGGAGAAAGCUGCUAGAGAAUUGAAGAAGGCUGGCACCCAGACGUAGGGCAGAGCAAGCCCCAUAACGAGUACUUUUAAGAUAGUAGAUUGUCAAAAAUUAUAAAAAUAAAAAUAAAUAAAUAAUAAUGAAUAAUAAAUAAUAAAAAAGUAGAUGGUGAACUAACUGUUCAUGUGUUAUCUACUUAAAUAUACUUGCGCGAGUAAUAAUGCAGCAUGACUAAUCUGUU